GUCAACAAGCGUCACUUCCAGUUGAUUCGGGCGGGCUGGUUGAAGGCAGAGAGGACAUGUCUCAUUUCACGUCGAUGUAGCCGCUAAUCUAACGUUAAAGUCGUUGUUGUUAACUGCAUAAAACGUAAUUGUAUCAUUUCGCAAGCAAUGGACCGACCAACAAGGAAGACAAAGGUUGUAAAUUACUCUGAAGCCAAGGACUUUGACGAUGAUGAGGACUUUGCCUGUGUGAAGGCACCACCGAGCAAAAAGGCCAGGGAGGAUGCCAAGCGCGAGGAAAAGAAACCACUGAGCAAGUCCUCGAGUCAGGAGACCAACUCACAAUCCACUCAGAGCCAGAAGAACAGAAGGCCGCUGGAUGAAAAGUUGUAUGAAAGAGAUCUGGAAGCAGCCAUUACACUUUCCUUGCUCAACAAUGCAGAUGGAAUAAAGGACCAGUGUUCCAGUAAAGUUCACCCAGGAGACGUCAAAGUUCAGCUCCCAGUAGAUGAAAACACAGAUCCAGCUUCUUUACACCUGUCCAACUGCAGUGUGGACGGAGCAGUUAUUGGCUUAGAUAAAAUCACAUCAGACAAAGGGUCACCAGCUCCAUCCAAACAGAGAAAGACUUCCUCUAAAGGAUCCGAGGAGCGGAGAAAGAACGAGGAAGAUGAGGAUGAGGACUAUCAACCCAAACUGACACCAGAUUCAGAAAGCGAUGAAGAUUUCAGUGAACCGGCUGAGAGCGACGACGACGAGUUUACCGUAAAGAAAAUCAUUAAAAAGAAGGAGAAAGUAACGAAGAAACCCCCCUCUGUUUCUAAAAAGGAAAAGCCACCAUCAAAGUCUAAACCACAGGCAGCAGCUUCCACCCCUGUCAGAAGUCCUCCAGCGGCCAAAGUUGCACCUAAAAGACCUGCUUCAUCCUCCUCCGUCUCCACAUCGAAGCCUGCAGUCUCCCUGAGCCCAGCAGGGGGCAGAAUACCCAAGUGGAACCCACCAGCUCAAACUGGAAAACAUCCCACGACGUCCAAGAAUCCAGCAGUGAAGUCUCCAGGUCAGGGUCUGAGACUGGGACUGUCUCGUCUUGUUCGAGUCAAACCUCUUCACCCCAGUGUUGCGAGUCACUGACUGAGCGGAUCAUCUGUCAGCAAAGGCCAGAUCUUAUUGUCCUCUUAUUUUAUUUAUAGGCAGAUGCUUGUGAAUAUUCACUUCUCUUCAUCCUCAUUCGUCAUAAGAAACGGUGCUUUCAUGGUCUCACCUUGGAUUGUUGAUUGUCCUGGUUAGAUUCAAAGCUCUGGGAGCGGCUGUAGGAUGGAGACUGAACUCAUAGACUGUCACGUGUCACUGCCGUCAUUCUUUUAUCCUCAGUGUGAGUUCACAGCUCAGAUUCAGGAUAAACUCGUGGGUGGAAAAGUGUUAAUCAUCCUGCUCUAUUUACUUUUAAGAUAUGAACUUAACACCAGUCAAAAUUAUAGUUUUUUCCAUUUUACUCUCCAUGUGCAAACUUUGUAUAUUGUGUAUAUAAAAUAAAAUAGUAGUAAAAGUA